GCAAAAAAAAACAGAGAGGACUCGGGGAAAGGAGAAACAGAACAUUCACUGCAGCAUCAUAGCUUCAUAUGGCACAUGCAUUGUAACUCAUUUACCGUUAUGGACCAAUCAUCUGUGGAGUUUGAACUCAAAUAUGUAAGGAAUCCUUUAGAGGGAAUUUCAGUCUGCAGGCAGGCAGCACUACAGCUGCCACUCUCAAGCAUGGGAACCAUGCCUCUGUCUCGUGUCUGUGGAAUAUUUGUUUUAUUCAGCUUUGGUCUGAUUUCCUUUGUCCCUUCUUGUCACGGAGGGAACCUUCUGGUGUUCCCCGUUGAUGGCAGCCACUGGAUCAACAUGAAGCUCCUGCUGGAGGAGCUUCAUGCCAGAGGACACAGCCUCACUGUAAUCCGAGGGAGCAACAGCUGGUACAUCCCAGAGGAGUCUCCCCUUUACACGUCCAUUACAAUUAAAAUGGAUCAGGGUAUGGAGAACUUCUUUGAUGAGUACCUACAGAAGCAAAUGAGGCAGCACUACAAGAACCCCGGUUAUCUCGCCGCUCAUCGCCGGAUUGUUCAGUCACCUCAGUGGUAG